AUGACAAGACUGCUGGCAAACAGGAACUUCUACGCAGCCGAGGCUUGGUACUUGAAGUAUCCAGUAACGUCGCAUGUGGGCCAGGAGUUGGAGGAUCAAGCACUGUCUGCCGACAAGGAGUUCGACGAACUAUCCGGUGACGAGCAGGUGAGGUCAUGGUCCCCACCUCUGCUUGCACCCAAUACGCCUGCACCACCCAAGAUCACAAACAUGCCUAUGCCCAAGGACACGAACACGCCUGCACCCGUAACGUUGUUGGACGAUGAAGAUCAAGAUCUACCAGAUGUGCAUGAGUUAUUGCAUAAACGUCGCCUCUCAGACGACUCGACAGGUCCUUCGCCUAUGGAUCCUGUCAAGAAAGCAGACCAAGCAAUAGAAUGA